UUAAGGAUCAAAGGGUUAUUUACUGAGCUGUAAAUAUAGCCGCAGAAACCAUUUGUUUUAAAAUUGAAGGAUAAGUUUAGUUAUACAAAAAGAACUUAAAGACAAUUUCAAAAAGAGGAAUAUCAGUUCUUAGAUACAUGUUUAUAUUAUGAUGUGGCCCAAAGAUCGCGAAACUCGCAUCUCGAAGAGUGACAUACGUACUCUUCAACGUAGAAAACUAAGAAAGGUAAAGGUUCAGAAUAAAAAGCAUAGAAGAGGUAGAAAAUCCAGAAUGCCUGUGAAAAAGGGGCAGCUAAGGCCUAGAGAUCAUUGCCAAAUACAAAGGAACUUUGAUGUCCUUUGUAAAGACUUAGAGCCUGAUGACAUUAUUGAUUAUUUGAUCUCAAAUUUAGUCUUUAAUUUGGAUGAUCGGGAAGCCAUAAAAGCUGAGAAGUUACGAAGAGACCGUGUUGGGAAAUGUGUGGAGCUCAUAUUACGUGCAGGUGAAGAUGCAUUUAAGGUUUUCCUUGAUGCACUUGAGGAAAAUGGAUAUAAGCAUCUGGCAGAGAAAAUAAGGGAAACAGAUAUAGAAGUAGAAGUACCAGCAGAUCCCUUUGCAUGGAUUGAGCAGCUUCCAGAAAAUACUAAGAACCAGUGCAUCACAGAUCAAAUAGCCAGCAAACUUUCUGGAGCAAUGGGUGCUGGUUGGGAGCAUGUGUUUCUAAAUCUGGGCCUCACACAAGUCAACAUUGAACAGAUCAAGAUGUCAAACCCAUACUCUGCAACUACGCAAAUUGCAAAUCUUUUCAUCAAAUGGAAGCAGCGCGAAGCAAGAAAUGGCACACUUAUACGCGUUCUAGAGGCACUGAAACGCGUGAAUAAUCAGUGUAGCAUUGAGUGGGAAACAGUUAAAAAGAUGGCACUGUCAGUCAGUAGCUAAUAAUGUGUUUGUGGUAAGAGAAAUUGUUAAUAAAGUGUGUUUUGGAUAUGUUGACUGAACAGCAUUUGCAGUUGUCAAAACUAGGCAGCACUAUUUACAGCUCAUAAUUUUUGUUCGUCUUUCUUUUGUGAAUUGCUGAGUAUGUAGGCAUUUUGUUUGGAGAUUGCAACAUCUGUGUUAAUUGAGCCAGUUUCUGAGACUACUUGUUUUUGUUAUUUAACUUUAAAGGAAGAUUUAAUCACAUGUUCUCAUGAGAUUCAGAUCCAUUCUGAUGUAAUCACCUAAACUGAUAGAGGUUGCAUUGUCAGUUAAUUCUGCCAGUUUCCAAAUUUGUAGGGUUUGCCAUAUAUGGCUGAUAAAACGUUUUGAUUAAUAUUAAAAUGAAGACUUUCAGAAAAAAAGACUUUAAGACUAGAGAUGAUUCUUAAUUUUUUUUAAAAGACAAACUUUGUACUCUUGGUUCUGCAGUUUUGUGAUAACGAAAUGCAUGCACGACAUGCCAAAACCACCCAUACAGCAUUGCUUGUGCAUCUGUGAUUAUGAAAUAACAGUUGAUGGGUACAAGUUUUAUGUGUGGCAUAAUUAAUAAAAGUAACACUAGGAUCUAUCCCUAUAGACCAGGGGUCAGCAAUUAAUUUUCCCAAGGGGCCGCAUGAGAAAUUGGGAUGGUUUUAGAGGGCUGGACUAAUAUAGUUAACUCAGUUUUACCCAAUAUUGUAUAUAUACUGGCGGGCGGGCCAGCGGGCAGGCCGGUCAGAGACAGGAGGCGGGCCGGAUGCUGCCCGAGGGCCGCCCCUUGCCCAGGUCUGCUAUAGACUGUUGAUUUUAUGGGAACUUUGCUGUUCCUACAUUCAGAUGUUUUUCUACAACCUAUGAUUACAAAAGUAUUUUGUGUGCAUUAUUUACAUUAUUUGCUAAGUGCAUUUCAGCCUUAAACGAAGUACAAGUAUUUGAGUCAUUUCCAUGCUUAGUGAUCUGCUGUAGAGUUGCUUGUAAAUGUGCAUGUUAUUUUCUUUCCACUAUGUGACUGUAAAUGUGUAUUUGACUUUGUGUGUAUGUGAUUGAAGAGAAAAUAUCUAAAAUUGUUAAUGCAACUUCUUUUGGUAAAGGAAAUGAUGCUGUUUUCUUAAUCUUAUUUUAUCAUUCAAUUGUAAUAGUGUUAAGGUGAGCUCUUGUUAGGCUGUGAUUUUUUUUAAAUUUUGAUAAAGUGUGGGUGUAAAUAGGGUAAACUGUUUUGUAUCAAGCAUUUGGUGGAACUGCAUGGUACUUUAUUACUGCUUUGGAUGAAUUCAGUCACUUUAUCCUCUACAGUGCCUUUUUGGCUGUGGUUGUGGAUGCCCACAUUUCAUCUGCAUUUUGCUGUAAGCAUGGCCAGGAACUGUGCAUAUGAAUGUGGUAGUGAACAAAGUAAUUUUUGAUAUGACUAGCCAGAAGUGUCGUCUGGCAAAGUUCUUUUAACUUUCUUCACAUUCUGUUGUAGUCAAGAGAAUUAAUUAUUUUUAUUUCUGAUGGCCAUAAAUAUUUUAAUCUUUAAGAGGUUUGCACAAAUUUUCGUAUCACUCUAUACAUAACAUUGUUUAUAGUAUGUGGAGAGUGGAUUGGCAAGAGCCAAUUUAGUGUUUGCAUCAUGUUAUCAUGGGGUUUUUUAAUAUAUAAAAAGAUAGGUUUUAGGAAUCAUGUUACUGAAAAUGCAAUGUUUUGAUUGUUGUGGAGUACAUCCUAAGCCAAUAUUCAAAGGAAAUUUUUUACUAGAAAGUAACUAAAGGAUAAGAUGUGCUGUCAUGGACAACACUGUUACAGUUUUUCAAAAGAAAAUAAUGAGCAGUCUUGUUGGAAAAUGUUGUUUGGAAAGAUCACUUAAAGCAAAGAAUGCACACUGAUGAUGGUGAUGAGUUUAAAGAUAUCACAUUCAUAUAGUCAUGACAACUGGUCCAGAUGGUAUAUGGAAUGCAUCACCACAGCGAUUUUGUUGACUCUGCAACUAAAUCCCUACAUACUGAUUAGUUCUAUCCCAUUCUAAGGCACAUGAUGUUGAUCACAAUACAGUCUGGGUUGUUUACUAAGAAUUUUUAGGAUGCUUCAAAAAUUGUGUGUGGUUAUUAAAGAAGGCAACUAAUUUUU